AGUGCGCUCUCGGGGCGCCCCUGCCCUGCCCUCCUGCCGCACCCUCGGGCCCCCCCAGCAUGAGGGAGGAGAGGGGCGGGGUGAGCCCGGCACCUGCACAAAAGGAGCCGGGGCCCAGGGGCUCAGAUCUGCCCCGAAGGCCAGCCGUGAGCGCGCAGGGUGGAGGUGCUGGGAGGCCGUGGCCCCCCACCUGUAUCCGUGGCCCCCCACCCGUGUCCGUGCCCCCAGGAGCCAUGGCUGCCAGCCCCGUGCUGGGUCUUGCCGCUUUCCUGUGCCUCUCGGUGCCCCGGGCCAGCUGCCUGGUGCGGUUUCGACGUCCGGUGCAGGUGGCGCUUUUGGAACCCCAAGGGAGGGACUGCUCUCACAUCUGGGCGGGAAGCCCUGGUGCCCCCAGCGGAGUGUACACCGUCCAGCCGGCCGGAGCUGCCACCCCGUUCCAGGUCCUCUGUGACAUGCACCCAGACGGCGGCUGGACGGUGAUUCAGAGCCGCGACUGGGGCCGCGGGAGGCCCCUGGACUUUGAGAGGUGCUGGCAGGAGUACAAGCAGGGCUUCGGAGACUUGAGAGGUGACCACUGGCUGGGGCUGCAGCACAUCUCUGACCUGACGUCCCAGCCGGGCCUGCGCGCAGAGCUGAGGGUGGACCUCCUGGACGUGGACAACCGCACGCUGCACGCCCAUUACAACCAUUUCCACGUGGAUGGGGAGGCCCAGUUUUACCGGCUGACCCUGGGCCUGUACUCGGGGAACGCAGGGGACGCGUUCCGGGGCUCGGGCCACACAGACAACCAGGAGGGCUGCGGCUUCAGCACGCUAGACCGCGAUCACGACCGCUGCUCUCCCUGCACGGACGGUGCCCAGACCUUCUCCAGCUGCAGCCACGAUCGCUCGGGCUCCGGGUGGUGGUACAGCGACUGCGGCCACGCUGACCUCAACGGGCCAUGGCCAGAGCGUGAGGGGGCCAUGUCGGGCAUGCGCUGGGCGGCUGGCGACCAGCAGCCCACCUUAAGCUCCUCCGUGCUGCGCCUGCGCACGACUGCUCCCCGCGAGGCCUAGGCCCGCGCCCAUGGGCACCUGAGCCUCAUUAAACGUACCAGCCUGGCU